AUGACACAAGACGAACCCCAACCGCUGAUCAUUGACACGGACCCGGGCGUGGACGACGUUCUCGCCAUCGUUCUCGCCCUCUCCCGACCGGACCUGGUGCGCUUAGAGGCCAUCACACUCAACUUUGGAAACACGACGCUGGACUAUGCACGCGACAAUGUCUUGCGCCUCUUCAACGUUCUCCACGCCCACGUUCAGCAAGAGGGAAAGGGGCAAGAAGGUUUGAAGCGCUCGCUCUCCGGCAGUGCCUACCGGACCAUCUUUGCCUCAAAGGGAGCCGAAGGUCCGAUUGGCGGCGAGCAGUUCACCGCCAGCUACUUUCACGGUCGCGAUGGCCUGUCCGGUAUCAGCCAGCUCCAUGGCGAUCCUUUCGCCACGUCGAAGUCGAUCCCUAGCCCGUUGGUGGAAGAUGCGACAAAACCAGCGCACGAAAUCAUUCUCGACAUUCUCCGUAAUAAUGCCCCAGGCACCGUGCGGAUUGCUGCUGUGGCACCUCUGACAAACCUGGCGCUCGCCUUUCAGAGCGACCCAGAGACAUUUUGCAGGGUCGGCGGUAUCAGUGUGAUGGGUGGUGUGCUCGAUGGCCCGGGCAACACGACUGCGACGAGCGAGUUCAACACGUACGCGGAUCCGUUCGCCGCCAAGGUUCUGCUCCACGAUGCCCCCUUGCACCCUGUUCUCCAAGAUGCCAAGCGCAAUGCUUGCGGCUACACGGGCUCUCUGCCCAUCGAGCUGCUGCCGCUCGAUAUCACCCGCAAACACACAGUACCAUACGCGCGCCUCUGCGACGACGUCGACCAAAGAGGCGGCAUCCUCCGAAGCUUCUACAAAGCCAUGUUGUCGCAACCUCGAAGGGUGACCAACUCUCAUGCACCCCCAGGCUCGCCAUUUGACCCUAGGCUCUAUGACAAUUUCGAGGCCCACGAUCCGCUGGCAGUGGCGCACGCCAUGUUCACGCCGUCGCUCUUCUCCCGCCGCAACGGCAGCCAGCAGACAGAGGGCGGAUGGAAGACGGAACAGGUUCGAUUCGGCAUCGAGACAGUCGGCGAGCUCACGAGGGGCUACUGCGUUGUGGACCGACGAGGGCUGGGAAGCAUCAAGCUCGGCAAAAUAAAGCCGAAUUCGAGCGCUGCAAAAGACAAGGGCAACGGUGACGUAGAAGUUGAGAAACCAACAAGCGGGCAAUGGGACGUGGUCGUAGCCAGCCCGGGACCAGCGUGGUUCGCGGGCAUCUUUUGCGAGGCUCUCUCCAUCUGA